AUGCUUAAAACCAAGCCUCUUAACCAGCUCCUCUCCCAGUCCAUCUCCCCCAACGUCUCUUCCGCGCUACUCUUCACACCCACAGGCUCCCUCCUCGCAACAGGCACCUCCCCGACGGCCCCCGACGCCCGCAAAUCACGAACCUACUCGGCCCUCGCCGCAAACAUCUGGAGCGCCUAUGACCGGGUCGCGGUCCAGGGCGUGAUUGAACAAUCGCUGCCCGCCCCCUCCGAUGAUACCGCUGCUGUCGUCGCUGCCGCCGCUGCCGCGCCCACCCCCGGAGGUGGUGCAGCAGGUGGUCCUUCUGGACAGGGCCUCAAGUCGCUGACGCUCGAGCUGUCGGACUAUAACCUGCACAUCCAGGUUGUGGUCCCGGGCGUGCUGCUGUGUCUGAUUGGGCCCAAGCAGCCGACGAGGCAUAACAGCAGCUCGUCGAGCCUGCAUUCGCAAGAGGGGGAGGCGGCGGCGACCGGGAGUGUGCCGAGGAGCGGCGGGGGAGGCGGCGCGGGGAGCGCUAGUGUGGGGAGUAGUGUGGCGGGGAGUGGCAGCUUGGGGAUAUUGAAGACGCAGGCGCAGGCGUUGGUGGCGUAUUUGGAGACGGAGUUGUUGGGGUUUGAACUACCGGAGGGUAUAUAG